GCAGACUUGAGUCAGUGAGCAAAGAUGGCGAAUCCGCGCAAAUUCAGCGAGAAAAUUGCGUUACAGAAGCAGCGCCAGCAGGAAGGCACCGCCGAGUUCGAACGGAUUAUGAAAGAGGUUUACGCAACCAAAAUGGAUGAGACUCAAGCGAAUCAGAAGAUACUUGAAUGCUGUUUGGUAAACACUGACAUCGGCAGCAAUCAUGCUACAAAUGCCAGUUUGAUAAGUGCUGCAGGCAUCGGCGGCGGUGGCAGUGGCGGUGGGGGAGGAGGCGCUGGCGGUGGCGUCGGCUGCAUCGCUGAGGGUAGCGGCAGCAAUGGACCCGUCGCCAAUGCCGGGGGUAGUGGUAGUGGUGGCACUUCCCCAGACGGCACAGGUACUGGCGGCACAGGCGGUAAUGGUGUGCGCGAGUCCCGUGGACGCAGCGUCGGCGUUGGUCCCAUGCGACGCCCCUCGGAGCGCAAGCAGGAUCGUUCCCCGUACGGCAGCAACGCAGGCGUCGCAGUCGGCAUGGGCGCGGCAAUUAGCAGCAACAACGCCUAUCUCAGCCCGCCAAUGGACAGCAGUUGGCGGCGCUCCAACUCCGAUUCGGCACUUCAUCAAACCCUCAAUAUGGCAGUCGCUGCGGAGGGUGGCUUUGGUCCGGGCGGCAUGGUCGGCAUCGGUGGGCUGCCCGGCAUCGGUGGGCUGCCCGGCGAGAUGAACGCGCUACACGCUAACUACCAGCACCACAACCAACGAUCUCAUUCGCCAAAUAUUGGCCGCAGUUUUAGUCCACAAGCACAAAGACGAAAGGGUCAGAUGCUGAUGCAUCAGCAACAGCAACAACAACAAGCGCAGCAACUGUUGCACCAUAGUCAGCAGCAAUUGCACUUGCAGCAGCAACAUCAGCAGCUGCAACAGCAUUUUCAUCAGCAGCAGCAGCAGCAGCAACAACAGCACAUGCAUCAGCAAGCACAACAACAACAUGUCCAACAGCAUCAUACGCAACAGCCAGCGAGUAGUGCUAGUCAGCAACAACUUCCGCAACACUUCAAUGCCAAAUACACCAAUUGCAAUAUGCCACCAAUAAAUAGCCUCUUCAAGUCACUGCAGGAGCAGUCGCUCGCCAACACUGGUUCGUUGCCGGAUCUAACUUCACUACAUUAUGCGCCUGCGCAGCAACAGCAAUUGAUAAACCAGGCGCCGCAGCAACAACAAACACUGUCGCCAAUACUGUCACCGCACAACAAUGGUCGCGACCGCGAUCAGUCGUCGAGUCCCUUUAGUCCGGCCGGUGGCAAUGGCGGCAACGGUGGUGGUGGUGGUGGCGGUCCGCCGUCGCCAUACCAACAGCAACAGCACUCGCCCACAUCUGCCGCCAAUACACCCACAGCUGCGCAAACAUCACCGCAUUUGUCCUUCACAAAUCUCGCCGUGCAAUCGCCAACCGGCAGCGGCCCGGCCACACAAAACACCGCACAAACUGGCAAUUUCACCAACCUGCCUACCCUGGGCGCCGCCAGCUCCACGGGCAAUUUAACAGACUACCGACAACCCCUGAAUCCACCCAGCCCAGGCUCUUCGCCCGGCUUGCUGACGUCCGUGUCAGGUAAUGAAGUGAUACACAUCAGCGCGCCAGCCAGCCCGAUUCGACAUCCGCAGGCCGGCAUGAUCGGCCAAGGCAUGCAAGGCUACAAUGAGGAAAACAUCCAGACAUUCGAUCGUUAUUCGCCGGCGAUGGCAGGUGCGCUAGAGGCGAGUGGUUAUAACAGUCUCAAUCCGUCGUUCCACAACCACUUCAAGCAGUUUACGCUUGGUGAUAGCAAUUCCUCGCCCGAGCAACAGCAACAAUUGCAGCAGCAUUAUCAGCAGCAGCAGCGACAGCAACAGCAGCAAAACAGCUUUACAGCGCUAGACUUUGAUGACUUCGUCACCGGUGGCAAUGGCACAACAUACCCGCAGAGCCUAUCACAAAGCAAACAAUUGAACUUUAGUGAUCUGACAGGCGUUUCAGUGUCUACAGCGACGACGACAACGCAAACCAGUAGAGGUGGCGGUACGUGUAACACCAACAAUGGCAGAAACACCUCCAACAACAACAACAACUCGCAGCAACAGCAACAACAGACGUCACGCAUACUGGCGCACCAACUGCUAGAAAACAAUGGCGCCGGCGGUGGCAGCAAUGUCAACAGCAACUCAAACACAAAUGGGCCAUGUCGCAUCAGCAACAACAAUGUGAAUCUUACGCAAGCGAAUGAAAAGAACUCUUCACCCAUACCUUCGCCUUUGGGCUGUUUGCCGUCACCCUCGUCGCCGCUACCGAUUCCCAUAUCGGCACAGUCGCCACAUCAUCAACACCAACAGAUGUCGCUGUCGCUGCACUCACACUCAGCACAACCUUCACCUCAUCAUUCGCCAAUGCAUUCGCCGCACCACGCCUCCCCACUGUCAUCCUCCUCGCCGGGCAUAACGACAUUAGCCGGCGGUGUGUCGCCAACGCCACAUGGCAACGGUAAUGGCACCAACAAUGCGUCAACGCAUCCACACCAUCAACACCAACAAACGACGCAACACAUCCAGCAGCACCAUCAUCAUGCACACAAUCACGCUAGCACACCAACCAACACCAACAUACCGGCGAUCAUUUUCUCCGACUAUUCGUCGCGUGAGAUUUUCGACUCGCUCGAUUUGGAUUUGGGUCAAAUGGACGAGACUGCGCUAGAUCUGCUAGCGGACCAGAACUCGAUCAUGAUUGCCGAUCCAACAAUCGAGGACAGUUUUCGAAAGGAUCUUAACUGAUACUAUGAGGAAGCUGUUGCAGCUAUUGAGAGUGGUGUACUGCUCGACGACACCUUCGAUCCGCUGGGGCCCAUAGUCGACGUCACUGAGGUACUGGGCAAUCCGCUGGCGGAUACAACGAAGUGCAGACAAGAUGACGACACAACCGACACAGCCACGGCCACGGCCACGGCCGCCACAACCACGACUUCUACAGUCGCCGAUAGCACAAACACAGACACCAUGCCCAUCACGCUUAGCUUGAGCGAACAAGACACUACGGUCGACGACGAGCUGAAUAAUGUCGACGAUAACAUAAGCAUCGGUUUAGGUAUAGGAAUUGGAAUGGGCAUCGGUAGCGGUAGCGGUAGUGAUGAGAAUAAUGGUGAUGUAGAAGAUUUCUUCUUUUAAGUAGUGCAGUGUCAAGGCAGUAGCCAAAAUAAGCGGACGAAGAAAAGCACAACUGGUUAUGUCGAUCGACGACAUAUGUAUGUACAUAAGUAGAUAUGUUAACUAGUUGGAACGACGCGCACAGUUAGACACAAAAUACACUCAAAAAAAAUAAAAAUGCAUGGAAACAGUUGAACACACACACACAGAUAGAGACGUACAUGUGUAUGUAUGUAAAUAUUUAUGUAUGAGGGGAAGUACACGUGCAAGCAACAGUGGUAGCAACAGCUUUUACAUCUCUAAGCAGUAGUUAGGAUUCUUAAAUAAAAUAUACAUACAAACGUAAUUACCUAAAAUACAUACAUAUACAAAUGUGUUUACAUACAUAUAAAAAAAAAAUAAAAUAAAUAAUAAUAACAAAAUAAAAGCCGCGGCGCAUUUGAGUAGCGUGAAAAGAGCGUGCGAAUUGGCAUGUGAGACUAAUUUGAGUAAGGUAAUUUCUAUGAACGAGACUGUGUACGAGAAAAUCAACUUCCUUUUCGCGAGCAAUGGUUAGUAAGGUUAGAUUGAAAUGUCUACGUAUAAAGAGUGACUGCCCGUACACUAAGGCUCAGCGCAGGUCCAUUGUGAUGCCAUAUGCAAUAUUCGUUCCCCUAUGAUAUUGCGACGCUCACGCGGGAUCAAAACAUUUCGUCAACGUAAUGAACUUUGGUAAUUCUCUUAUAUUGAUUUCCGCUAUCUCCGCAAAGUCCUGUAGACAGAGUUUUCGGAGCUUCUAUAGUCGUCUUCUGCUGAGUGCUGCGCAUUGGCAUAUGCGGUGCUCGACACUAUCGCCCUCUUCUUUGCAUCUGCAGCUGCGGCAAUAGUCUGGCAGUGAACGCGACAAUCUCGAGGCAUGUGCUCCAAUUAGACAAUGGCCUGUAGGUAUUCUUGUGAGAAUAGAUGCUUCGCUCCGUUUUAACCCUAAGAGUUCAACGUAAGAAGGCCACGUAAGCCUGGCGGUUUCACAGAAGUAGAGGUUUCCCUAGCGCUCGUUUGCUGCUUUUGUGGGGCUGUCCCUAAUACAUAGUUAAAAAGUGUAUAUUCGCAUACCUACCACGUCCUUCGCCGAAAGGAUUUUGGCGGUCGUACCGUUCCUCACUAGUUCAUCAGCUUUGCAUUUUCCCUUAAUAUCUCUAUGUCCAGACAUCAAUAUGAAUUGUAUUCUAUAAAGCUGGGCCAUCUCAUUUCGAGAGAGAGACUUUGUGUUACUUGCGCUCUAGUCUCAGCUUUCAGGACUGCUUGACUGUCUUUGGGUCUUCUUACUAGUCGGCACUCCGAGAUAACAACCGGCACCGCCUGUUAUAUACUCUACUAGUCCGGAAGCCGUAAAAAUGUUUCUAAAUCCAGCUACGGGGAGAAGGCUCCUCACCGACCUUUCCGUUGACUUCGUAGCCAUCAGUAUGCAUAUUUAUAGCGUUACGUAUGUGGGAAAGUCUGGUGCUCCAGUCCUGUUGAGUUGAAAUGGUAAAUUUCUAUUUUUUGAUGAAGGUAUUUAAUGGUAUACAGUAGUUAGUACUUGAAGGUAUCGGAAUGGGUGUCAUCGUCCUUAGGAUUUUCGAGUGGCCGGAUGUACCAUGGGUCCAGAAGCUUUCUGCUCUGUGUCUUAAAGCUGCAAUAAUGACUAUUUCUCGAGCAAUAGCGUCAAGUGGGGGCAGAUGUAGAAUCGCGCCACCAUAUUCGGGCUCCUUAGAGCGAAAUCGUACGAACAAUGGCCUUGUAGAUUCAGUAAACUCUGAGGAAUUGGCGAAUUAGCCUAAGCAUGUUUAUACCGGCUUUCGAUAU